CCAGUCAUGACACAGUCUCACAUGUCGCUGCUGGGAGCUGACGACCAGCAGAGCCUACUGGAGUCGGACCACCAUCACCAUCGCGACCAGCUGAACACAUUCAAACUAUUUGUAAGUGACGUGUUGAAGAACCAUUUGAAAGUGUUCAUAGCUGUUUGUGAUGUUUUCUGCGUCAUCACCUUCACAUCGGUGAUCCUCAUAGUGAACGCUUGGAACUGCGUGGACUCGGCAGUUGGCGAGGACCAGGAACUCAGCUGGUGUGAGCCAUACAAGCCUGUGGACAAGGUGAUUGUGGAUCUAAGUUUUGACCUGCUAGUACACUGUGACUCCCCCAAGUCUUGUGUUGCUUGGGCAGAGCUCCAAGGCGGCCAGUACAACUUCAUCCUGGGUGACGAGGAGUUGGUGUACGUGGGACGAGGGUACCAAUGUGAGGGCGGUGGAGUGUUGAAACUACAGAUGCUCGUCACAAGGUUCACCUGGGACCCCAGCCAGCCUGCUUACAGAAUACCUCACGAGGUCGCACUGAGGUAAAUGUAUGUUAGAAGAACUAGUGUACCAAACCUUACACGUACAUACACAUACAUGUUGUAGUAGGUCGAGGGUACCAAUGUGAGGGCGGUGGAGUGUUGAAACUACAGAUGCUCGUCACAAGGUUCACCUGGGACCCCAGCCAGCCUGCUUACAGAAUACCUCACGAGGUCGCACUGAGGUACGGAGAAGUGAUAUCGGAGGGGCUGCGCUGUGGUAAGCUAUCUCCUCACUUUACGGUUAGUGUUUCCUGCGGUGUGUACGGUCCCUGGUGCAACGCUACUUACAUGAGGGACCAGUUCCCCUGGACCGACGUGACCUCCCUCGCUCUGCAGCGGUCCCGCCCCCUCGCCCCCUGGUACGAGCCUCCUCUGCAGCAUGAUCACCCCUAUCUGUCCUUCGACGUCGACAGAGUCUACGACAGACACCACACUCUCACUGUCUGCAACCGUACAGUAAUGGGCAUGUAAAUCCAUGCUGCAAUUGUACUUUACUAACAUGUCGUUAUGCUGUUUCUCACAACUAAUUAUUAACUCAUUAUAUACACGGAGUAAUGGAAAAGCAAACUUCCAAUAUUUCUUUAGACUUCAAAAUGUAUCAUAGUUUUUAGAAGAUUUUUAUAGUCUUUUUGAAACUAUUGAUUCUUUUUGAUUAUCAUUCCUAACUUUAUUUCACUAUAGUGGAAUCGCCUUUAAUAACUGACGCUAUUAAAACACAUCUGUUGAUUUAUAUAGCCUUUUGCUGCAAACAUGUACUGUACAGUACCUAAACCGAGAAAUGUCGAGAUGCUAUAUUUGAAUGAAGUUCAGUAUUCAGUAAAGUCUAAUAUGAAAAACUGCUUCUUAUAUAUGAAAUUUUGUAUAAGCUAGUAGAAAUAUCCUUAAAUAAAAUGUUUUUGCAUUUACCAAUUAUAGUGGUUUUGGUAUAAUUCAGAGUAGUGAUCAAUAAAGUCUAAUUCAAAUUACAAAUUUAUCCCAUAUUUUCCUUCAAUUCUGAAAGGAAAAUUAAAGUUGUGUUAGAAGUUGUCAGUUUGCUAAUACAGGAAUUUGUAACAGCUGCUAAAUGUUUUAUACUCUUUGCAGUUGUUGUUUUCAUUGCUAAGAUUGAGUUAUUAUUUAAAUGUUCAUGAUUCAUAAUGUACAUUAUUCAUGUACAUGAUUCAUUCACAAAAUGCAUGUAUUGUUGUGAUUUUUUUAUUGAAUAUUUAAAGCUUGUGUUAAAGAGUAAUAGCUCUCUGAUUAAUCGUUUUAAUGGUUUUUACUAACUUAUAUAGAAUUUAAAUCUAAAUGUUAAGUGAAUACAAACUGCGUGGCUACAUUAAAGGGUGCAUUAUGCAGAUCAUCUUGACAUUAUGUGACAAACAUAAAAUUACACAUUGUAGACAAUGUUACAUGUUACAGACCUAAAUUCAGUUUUAAUUUUUAUUGUUACAGACCUAAAUUCAGUUAUCUUAAAAUA